GACCAGACCGUUUCCGGUCCAAGCGGAGAGAGACGGUGGAGGAGAGGAUUUGACAUCAACAGGGGGAUGAGCGGCCUCCCCCUGCUUCGCGCUGUGUGGCGAAGUGCAGUAACUGGAGUUGGUGCUUCCAAGCCAAAUGGCCUCACCUCCUGCAAUGGGCUGCGACACACUUUACUCAGACCAGGACUGCCAUACCGGGCCAUUCACAUCACACCAAACUUUUCCAAUGUUAAAAGUCCAGCUGAGCCUGUGGAGGAGGAACUGAGUCCCUUUACCAAACUGAUAGAAGCCAUGGGAUUCACAGGGCCUCUGAAGUACAGCAAAUGGAAAAUAAAGAUUGCUGGUCUGCGGAUGUACACCUGCUGUGUGGAGAGGAUCGAUUAUGAUGACUUGUUUGAAAGAUGCAAUUUGUCAGACACACUGAACUCCUGGUUUCUAGUCGCCCAGCUUCAUGUCUGGAUGGCCCUGGUGCGAAUGAAGCAAGAAGGGCGAGAGGGAAAGUAUAUGUGCAAGUACAUUGUGCACUCGAUGUGGGAGGACUUGGAGCAACGGGGUAAAGUAAUGGGGAUCGAAUCAGUUGUGCUGAAGGAGGACAUGAGAGUUAUGACAGAAACUUUCUACGCCGCUAUUUUUGGAUAUGAUGAGGGAAUUUUAUCAGAUGACCGUGUUUUAGCUGCAUCUUUAUGGCGACACUUCUUCAACAGGCAGUGUGAAGACCCAGAACAGCUGGAGCUGAUGGUGGAAUAUGUCCGCAAGCAGAUCCAGUACUUGGACUCGCUGAAUGGAGAGGACCUGCUGCUGACAGGAGAGGUGAAAUGGCGACCUCUGCUGGAGGAUAACCCACAGAGUAUGGUGAAAACCAUCACCCCAGCGUAUAACGAUGAGGGGCUCUGAGCAAAGAACAACCGUGCGGCCAGAGCUAAAGUUCUCCGAUCUGCUCGAUGACAAUCGUACAUUUGAACGGAAUAACUCAAACCUUUUAUAGAGCUGUUUUCAAAGCAUUGUCUUUAUUCUUGAGUCUUUUUGUUUCCUCAUUCCCCAUCCUUCUCACUUUCAUAUUCUAUAAGGAGCACAGUCUUUGAGCUCAGUUAGCUUUGGUGGAAAUGUUCUCACAGUCUCUCAAUUCAAGUAAACUACGUAAAGAGUUCCUUGCCUUGAAGAGGGAUGUGAGCUGAUUUCUGUUUUCUCUGUCAGGCUAACUGAAGGGAUCUUCCAUAAAAGUUUUAGAUGAUGCUUGCAGUAUUAUUAAAGACAUUUGGCCAAUACACAAGCUCCAGGUGUUGUCGCAGCCAGAUUUAAGAGACAGGAUACCUCAGAGAAUUUAAGGAUUGCAGACCGUCAUUAAUGGAUAAACCCAAAUGAAGUCAGCCUUGCUGUUGAUCUUUUUCCAUAGAAUCGACAAACUAAUCACGUAGCCCCAAUGGGUUUUUAUCAAAUGUAAUGGGUCUAAGAUUCAGAUCUGUUAUAGAAAUUUCUGCGCAAAAAUAUAAUUUGAGGUGGAUCCUACUGGUAUGAGCCAAAUGGCUUCUGCUGUAUGACAGAAUGAAGCAGGAGUACAACACAUUCAUGGGAUUGUCUCGUAGUUUGCCUUUCUUCCUUGUCAAAAGACAUAUGUUGGUGGGAACAAAACCCCAGUGUUUCAGCAAGAAUCUCUCAGUCUCAACAGUAUUUUAUUUCUCAUCCCAUGCCUUUUACCCCAUCACGAGUCAUUUUUAAUUUAUGGCACAGGAGCUACAGGGGCUUCCAGGUCUAAUGAUUUACAGGGAUCCCAUUGUAUGCAAUAGUAAUUCAGCAUUUACACUCCUUCCCUGAUAUCAUCGUGAAUACAUUUCAAAGUAUUCAUUGGUUGUGAAGCACAUUAGGGACAUUCUGAGGUCACGAAAAAUCCUACAGAAAUACCAGUUCUGUGGAUACAAUGGGUAGCCAGUGUCAUUAUGCAAAGAAAGUAAAUAUACAUUUGGAAAGUAUAGAACUAACUUCAAGCUUCUGGCUAUAAUCAAUUGCCCCGGACAGUAGGUGUUUCAGGCCUUGCCCUGAUAGGGUUCACAGUGCCCAAGUGCCUUUAUGUGCUUUUUUGCAUUUUAAUCUCUUCCUCAUUUCAUCCUUGUGAAAUGUAAGUUGUAUUCUUGCUGUUUUGCAGGGUUUUAACAGUACUUUAUCCAUUUUCAGUUCACAGUGCCAGAAACAUAAAUCUCCAUGAACUGAGAGUAUAGGGUAUGUUUCCUGUUAUGAAACUGAACCCAGAAGAUGCAAAGGUUACAGAUUCUACCUCUGAUCUGUGCUGAGUCAGUCUGUUGGCUAGCUCCUACAUAUUUAAGAAGAGAUAUAUAUGCAAAGACUCUUAUCAAAUUCUUUAAAUUAAAACAAUUUAGUCAGAAAGAUUGCAGAUUCCUGGGAUUUCAUUAUACAGUUUGAAAUUCUGUAAUAUUUCUGUUCUAAAGUACAAAUUUACUGUUUCUAUUUCUGAGUUUAUGUUUGCAGUUUGGAUCAUACCCUGUGCUAAUUAAACUUGUAGACCUGCACUCUA